AUGUCUCCUCCAGCGGGCGCGGCGCAGAAGGAGUCUAACCUUGCAAGACUCUUGGGAUCUGGCUCUGCCGGUAUUGCCGAAUUGGCCAUAUUCCACCCCGUCGACACCAUUGCGAAACGCUUGAUGAGCAACGAGACUAAGAUCGUCGGCCUACCGCAACUCAACGCCGUAAUCUUCAAGGACAAGGCCGCUGCGCCGCUCGGGAGGAAGUUCGUCUCGCUUUUCCCCGGACUCGGCUACGCCGCCGGAUACAAGGUCCUUCAGCGAGUAUACAAGUACGGAGGCCAGCCGGUGGCCCGCGACUACCUCACAUUACACUAUAGCAGGGAUUUCGAGGGUGCCUUUGGCAAGAAGACCGGAAAGGCUAUCAUGCACUCAACUGCGGGAAGUCUGAUCGGCAUUGGCGAGAUCGUCCUACUACCCCUUGACGUCCUCAAGAUCAAGCGGCAGACAAACCCCGAGGCCUUCCGGGGCCGCGGUGUCCUGAAGAUUAUCAAGGACGAGGGCUUCGGUCUUUACAGAGGGUGGGGCUGGACAGCUGCGAGAAACGCCCCCGGUUCUUUCGCGCUGUUCGGUGGCUCUGCAUUUGCCAAGGAGUUCCUCUUCAAGUUAGAUGACUACAACAAGGCGUCAUGGUUUCAGAACUUUGUGGCCUCGAUUGCGGGUGCCUCGGCCUCCCUCGUUGUCUCGGCGCCGCUUGAUGUGAUCAAGACGCGCAUCCAGAACCGCAACUUUGAGAACCCCGAAGGCGGCUUCAAGAUUUUGACCAACAUGGCCAAGAACGAGGGCGCCUCUGCCUUCUUCAAGGGCUUGGUUCCAAAGCUCCUCAUGACGGGCCCGAAGUUGGUUUUCUCCUUCUGGCUAGCGCAAACAUUGAUCCCAGCGUUCGACACUGCGUUCAAGAAAUAA